AUGCUUUCCUUUAUCCUCAUCCAGAAUCGACAGGGCAAGACUCGUCUCGCGAAAUGGUACGCCCCUUUUAGCGACGAGCAAAAGAUCAAGCUCAAAGGCGAAGUCCAUCGCCUCGUCGCACCCCGCGAUCAAAAAUACCAAUCCAACUUUGUCGAGUUCCGCAACAACAAGAUCGUCUACCGCCGGUACGCCGGUCUUUUCUUCUGCGCCUGCGUCGACACAAACGAUAACGAGCUCGCCUACCUGGAGGCCAUUCACUUCUUCGUCGAGGUCCUCGAUGCCUUUUUCGGAAACGUCUGCGAACUUGAUCUUGUUUUCAAUUUCUACAAGGUCUAUGCGAUUCUCGACGAGGUGUUUUUGGCGGGCGAGAUUGAGGAGACGAGCAAACAGGUUGUGCUUACGCGGUUGGAGCAUCUCGACAAGUUAGAAUAA